AUGCAGAGCCCGAGUGCGUUCGUGGCGGCGGCUGACCAAUCAAACUACCGGGUUCCCGACGCACAACUCGCAACAUGCACUAAACAUGGUGGGGCUGCUGUGUUGUGUGCGACUGCAGGGAAGGUUGGACGCAACGGCCGCACUGCGGCUGUGGGCGCAACCCUUUUUUGGUUAACUUGUCCGUACUUGAACACUAUAGUUGCACGCUUUGAGCGCCAUAGUGCCAUCAGCGCUCUACAGAGGCUUCUUGAUAACGACCGGAAGGUGUCAGAGGCUCAUGUGGCCUCGCACGCACGUUAUGAAGAACGGGCGAAGGAGCUUCUAAGUUCUGAGCGAUGGGCCUUCUUCGAUGCGCAUUUCGUCACUGGCGCCGCAGAGUCAGCGGGGGGUCGAAAAUAUGGCAAUGCGGCGGUGAGCCAUGCGACGGACCUCAAGUGUCUGCAUGCCCUUGUGGCGCAAUCGUUGUGUGGCGCUUCCAACCCGAUUGGAGAUGCUGUGAUUCACUAUAUAUUACUGCUUGCAGAGAAGGUGAAGACAAUUAAAAAUGCCUCAGCGCCCCUUAGCUCGGAGAAAGGGAGCUCUGGUGACUGUUCGACUGCAGAGGUGUGUGGCGGAGAGAACAGUUUUGCUGCUGAGAGUCUGGCACUGGAUGAAGUUUCUUUGUUAGUGGAAUUUGUGAAGCAGCGGCUAACGGAUGACAUAAGGGGUGACCGUAGUGAUUUGCGGAGUGUACACGACGCUGACAAACUCUGCUCUUCGGCGUGUGAGGUGCUGACUUUUCUCGAUGGCCGACCGCCGAGGUCGCGGAAGAAGCAUCGGAUUAACUGA